AUGGCCACUCCGGACACCGCCAACAUCAACAUCCUGCGCGACACCUUCGCAACCGCCGGCCAGGCCUCCGAGCAGCAGCAGACCGCCUGGGACAACCUCUACCGCCACGACUUCCACCCCUGGGACCGCGGUGGCCCGUCGCUCGCCCUCGCUGACCUUCUUUCCCAGCGGCCCGACCUGGUCGUCCCCGCCCAGGACGUCGACCGCCGCGGCAACGCCCUCCGCGACGACACCGGCAAGGUCGUCCGCCGCACCGCGCUCGUCCCCGGUUGCGGCCGCGGCCACGACGUCCUCCUCCUCAAGACUUUCGGGUACGAUGUUGUCGGCCUCGACUGCAGCGCGGACGGGAUCCGCCGCGCAAAGGAGAACGUCGCCGCUCUCGAAGCGACACCCGGGGGGGUCAAGCCCCAGGGUGACGUCCAGUUGGGGCAGGAAUCGUGGAUCGUCGCCGACUUCUUCGCGCAAGACUGGGCCGAGGGGCUAGGCACGGACGGCUCUGGGAGGUUUGAUCUCAUAUACGACUACACGUUCCUCUGCGCCCUGCCACUCAAGCUCCGCCCACAAUGGGCCAAGCGCAUGUCCGAGCUCAUCUCUCACGACGGCCGCCUCGUGUGCCUCGAGUUUCCCUCGGGGAAGCCGCUCUCCCAGCAAGGGCCGCCUUGGGGCCUCAACCCGGAGGUGUACGAGGCCCUGCUGUCGCACCCGGGACACGAGCCGAGCUACAACGACGACGGCACCGUCGUCGAGACGCACGACGUGAAGCCGACUGACGGCGCCCUGCACCGCAUCAGUCUCGUCAAGCCGGAACGCACACACAAGGCGGGUACGGCCGAAGACGGCUCGGUGCGGGAUUUCAUAUCUGUCUGGAGUCGGUAA